CCACCGCUAACCACACUCCUCUCCUGAUCCACGGCACCACACCAUCCAUGAGCCUCCCUCUAUACUCGUAAUCUUCACCCCUUUCCUCUUCCCUCCCUAAUCCCUCUCUCCAUCCCAACCUCCCCUCCAAUCUAUAUCAUACCUUAUAUUCUAAAUCUGUCAUAUGUCGUCACUGGAGAAACCCAAGAGCUUAUCGAAGUUUGUUAGAGAUAGAUUGACGAGGUGAUGCAUAAAUCUUUGAGCAAGAUCUAAAGGCCCAGUAAGCGCAAACAGUCCCAGCCUGUCAGCUCUUAAGUCCGGCUCGGUCGAAGCGAUGGAGAAAGAAAGGGAGCCACGAAACGAAGCUGGAAGCAAGCAAGCAGGAAGGGGAGGAGAAUCCAAUCCAAUCAUGUGGGCGUCGAUUAAUCGGCCGCCGACCCCGAAUCGGGAGGAGGAUCCGCAGAAGGAGCUUUCCCUCAGAGAAAUCAUCAACGUCAAGGCGGUGGACUCUCCGGCUACCGGUGACGUCCAAUCACCCAAGAAGAGGUUGGUAGAGAGUGGGGAGAAGGAGAAGCUGAUGGAGCUCCUCCGGGAGCGGCUCGUCGAGUGCGGCUGGAGGGACGAGAUGAAAGCUCUCUGCAGGGCCUAUGCAAGGAAGAAAGGAAGAAAUAAUGUUACAGUAGAUGAUCUUAUUCAUGUCAUUACUCCAAAAGGAAGAGCAUCAGUGCCUGAUUCUGUGAAGGCAGAGCUCCUGCAACGCAUCCAAUCCUUUCUCAUGUCUUCUUCCUCACUUCGGUAGUCCAUUUGUCGUAAUCACUGGAGCCGCAGGUAUGAAGGUUCGAAGCUGAUCAUGUGGGGAGGAGCUAUGCAGGAAUACAAUGCAUCCUGUAAUAUCAACACCAAAACGAUCGAGUGAUAUUUAUAGUGUUGUCGACAAUGUUUCUCUUGUCAGGCAGGCAGUUGGGCCUGUUCUCAGUCUGUACACCUCUUUACCCUGCUUAGAUGUGAACCUUGAAAAAUGUAUUUUGAAUGGAAGCUUCCAGCUUGUUAUGCUGCACUGUGUUGUGUUGGCUUUGGUUGCCCCUGGAUGAUCGAAAUCAUAAAAAUUAUAUAUCUUGAUAGUGUUCA